AUGAAUAGAGAAUUUUCUCCUACUAAAAAGAAAUUUGAGUCAUCUUUAUUCUAUGAUUUUAAAGGUUUAUAUUUUAUGAGUUAUUUGGUUGGUACCCCACCAUUUAAGGUCUAUGGUUAUUUUGAUACAGGUAGUAAUUUUAUUUGGCUUCAAUGCAAGUCGGAUAUUAUAUGUUACAACCAAAGCUCUUCUAUUUUCAAUCCUUCAAAAUCUUCAAGUUACCAAAAUAUUCCAUGCUUUUCUAAAGCAUGCAAAUCUGUAGAUUCUGUGGAAUCCACUUAUUGUUCGGAUGAUGGAGAUGCUUGUGAAUAUAAAAUUGAAUAUGGUGAUGGUACAAAGUCUAUAGGAGAUGUUAGUGUGGAGACUCUUACAUUGAAUUCCACCGCCGGUUCUAUAGUCUCAUUUCCUAAAAUUAUGAUAGGAUGUGGACGCAAUAAUAAUCAAUCGGAGAAUAAAGGUCUAAGUUAUGGUAUAAUUGGUUUUGGAAAGGGGCCUACGUCAUUUAUAAAGCAAUUAGACUCUGUAAUUGAUGGUAAGUUCUCACAUUGUUUAAUUGACAAUGUGUAUUAUCAAAAUUCUAAUUUAUCUAGCAAACUAAACUUUGGAGAUGCUGCAAUAGUGUCAGGCGAUCAUGUUGUUUCAAGUCCUAUGAUCAAAAUGAUAGGAAACGGCCAAAAAGACUAUUAUUAUUUAAAUUUGAAAGCAUUUAGUGUGGACAACAAAAGAAUAAAGUAUAGAGGAUUUAAAAAUAAAGGAGUAAAUGCCUCUACACAUAGUAUACUACUUGACUCUGGCUCAACUCUAACUAUUUUACCACGUCAUUUUUAUCAUAGAUUGGAAUCCGCAGUUAAAAAAAUUGUUAAAUUAGAACGAUUUCAAGAUGAUACUGGUGACUAUAAACUUUGUUAUAAGACUACAUCCCAACAAUCAAAUUUUCCUGUACUUACUGCACAUUUUAGUGGCGCAGAUAUUAAGCUAGAUUCCAAUGGAGUAUUUUUUUCUAUAUCUGAGAGGGUUAAAUGUUUCGCUUUUUACCCAAGUAAAUAUGAUAUAGGACUCUUUGGGCAAAAGGCACUUAUAAACUAUUGGGUUGGAUACGAUCUCAAAAAAAAUAUUAUCUCAUUCAAACCUACCGAUUGUUCUAAGGUUUGA